AUGUCAGCCUUUAUUUUAACUCCAAAGAAGACUGAAGUAUGUUACGGCGACCUAGGCUGUUUCAAUGAUCUACCGCCAUUUCAAGGUGGAACUCAACGACCUAUUGGUUACCUACCCAAAAGUCCCACAGAAAUUAAUACAAAAUUUCUUUUACGUACUAGAGCCAAGCCUACAUCUGACGUCCAAGACAUCAUCUCUGAUAAGGCUUCUGUCCUGAGUUCCAGCUACGAUGGCAAGAAAAAGACCAAAAUUGUCGUCCACGGAUUCACACAUAACGGCCAUCGCCAAUGGUUACAAAACAUUGCAGCAGAAUUUUUGAAAAAUGAAGAUAUGAAUGUUAUUAUUGUUGACUGGCAACAAGGUGCGGCCAUACCAUACGACCAGGCUACAGCUAAUACCAGAGUUGUCGGAGCACAGGUAGCUCAACUUAUACACGUGAUGAUGAACGCAACGGGGGCAACACCAGAUAAAUUCCACGUCCUUGGUCAUAGUUUGGGUGCCCAUAUUGGGGGUUAUGUUGGUGAACGUGUGAACAAACUUGGACGAAUCACAGGUAUUGAUCCUGCUGGACCAUACUUUGAAGGAACACCUCCAAUAGUUCGUCUUGAUCCAUCUGAUGCCGAGUUUGUGGAUUGUAUACAUACCGAUGGUUCCGGUGUGUUGUCUAUUGGUAUGGGUACCAAACAGGCCAUGGGUGACGUAGACUUCUAUCCCAAUGGAGGAGAGAAUCAACCCGGAUGCGAUACUAGCGUAUUGGGGAAGCUGGCGCAUACUGUCUGGAAUGCGGCAACGUUAGGAUUAUAUGGUGCCGAAGCCGCUGUAUCUUGUAGCCAUGAACGUUCGUACUACUUAUUUACAGAAACUAUCAACUCACCCUGCCCAUUUAAAGCCUUUCCUUGUGCUAGUCAAAAAGAUUUUGAUGCUGGCAAGUGUCUACAUUGUCAUGGUAACGGCUGUUCUAAUAUGGGUUACCAUGCCGACAAAACAGCCGGAAGGGGUUCAUUGUAUUUAGAAACAGAAUCAGCAUCAACUUUUUGUGAUUACCACUAUCAACUUAAUAUAUCAUCUGAGAGCGCCAUGGAUGGACUUGUUAAAGCUAAAUUACAUGGAACCAAAAGCGAUACUAACAUGCUACCCCUGAACAAGAAAUCAGAAAUAUACAAUAGUGGCAACGUGAUGAGUCAUUUAAUAAAGACAAGAGCUGAUAUUGGUACCAUCACUGGUGUAACAUUGGAGUAUGAUAAAACGGCUAGUAUAUUAACUAACUGGUUAUACCCGGAUGACUGGAAGUUAAUGGGCGUGUCUGUUUUCAGUGGAAAAGAUGAAACAUCAACCAGUUUCUGUGCGUAUGGAAAAUCACUGAAGUCACAUUCACAGUCAGAUUUCAAGGUGACUGGACACUGUUAAUUAUGAAUGAGUAGUAGAAUUGUCUGUUUCAAUUUACGUAUUAUUGGUAGUAAUUGUAUAAAAUGAAAGUAGAAUUGUUUGUUUCUCUUUACGUAAUACUGGUAUUAAUAUAUGAUUAAAACCUUCCAACAAUACGUAUUGCUUUCUAUAUCUAUUUAAUAUAAACCCACGAUAUAAUUCAAUGUCACAGGUACGGAAACAAUCACACGCAUAUCCCACCAAUGGCAAUAGCCUGAUAAUGUUUACCGAAUGCUUCACACAUGCCUUCUCCCAUAGCUCGAUUUAGUUCACGAUUUCGUCUCAUAUUAGCAUUUUGAUAAGCUCCGCUAUUCUGCCGGCUUGUUAGAUAGUCAAAUGCGGUCAUUUUGUUGUAAAAUGGCGACCCAGGAAA